UUUUAUUCUCUCUGGUUUACAAAUAAUUUCAGAUAUGUUGAUGAUGGGAGGCCAUUUUGGCAAUUCAUUGUUGCUUCGUCCACAGGCUGUUCAGAUUCUCAAUACUUUGAAGAACUUUAUCAAUACUAUACUACUGACAAGGCAUGGCACCUUUGUGAUCCUAACGCUGAAAAGGUCUUUGAAGCUCUUAGGGAAGCUGGGGUGAAAGUAGCUGUUGUCUCAAAUUUUGACACUAGAUUACGACCUCUACUAAGGGCUCUCAAGUGCGAUCACUGGUUUGAUGGAGUUGCUGUCUCUGCUGAG